CGGCACAGACCGUGCGGGCAGCGGGACAGGCCGGACAGGGACGGGAGCCCAAGCUCAGCCCAACUAUUGGGGGCUCCCCGGGAAGCCGUCACGAUGGGAGUCCACCCCGAAGCUGGCAAACCCCCAGCUGACAUCCCCAAAAGCUCCAGCACCUGCUCCCGGAGUAUCUUCUGCAACAUCAAAGUGUUUGUGCUGUGCCACGGGCUUCUCCAGCUCUCCCAGCUCCUCUACAGUGCCAACUUCAAGAGCAGCCUCACCACCAUCGAGAAGCGCUUUGGGCUCUCCAGUCUCUCUUCAGGUUUCAUCUCCAGCUUGCAUGAGAUUGGCAACGUGGUCCUCAUCAUCUUCGUCAGCUACUUCGGCAGCCGCGUGCACCGCCCGCGGGUGAUCGGCGUGGGGGGGCUGCUGCUGGCGCUGGGGGCCUUCCUGGUGACCCUGCCACACUUCCUCUCGGACCCCUACGAGUACACCACGCUCAGCACCGGUAACAAAAGCCAGGGGCAGGCUGAGCUCUGCUAUCCAGAGAAUAAGUUUGUGUGCCCAAACACCACUCGUGACCCCCAGAAGGAGGCCAACAGCAUGUGGGCCAUGAUGGUCAUUGCCCAGCUGCUGGCCGGGAUCGGGACUGUCCCCAUCCAGCCCUUUGGGAUAUCCUAUGUGGAUGACUUCGCAGAGGCCAACAAUUCCCCUCUGUACGUUGCCAUCCUCUUUGCCAUCGCCGUGUUUGGCCCAGCUUUUGGAUACUUGCUGGGAUCUGUGGUGCUGCGGCUAUUCGUGGACAUCGGGAGGGUCGACACUGCGACACUGCGCCUGAUGCCGGGGGACCAGCGGUGGAUCGGAGCCUGGUGGCUGGGGCUGCUGAUCUCCUCAGGCUGCUUGGUGCUUACCUCCAUCCCUUACUUCUUCUUCCCUCGGUACAUGCUGAAAGGAGAGGACCGGAACGGGGAGGCUGGAAUGCUCAGGAAGAUGGAGACAGGGGCAGCUGAAGAGACCUCCCUGCUGGAGUUUAUAAAAAGAUUCCCGAAGAUCUUCCUCAGGCUGCUGCUCAAUCCCCUUUUCAUCCUCCUGGUGCUGGCUCAGUGCAGCUUCUCCUCGGUCAUUGCGGGUCUGGCCACUUUCCUCAACAAAUUCCUGGAGAAGCAGUACGGUGCCUCCUCCUCCCAGGCCAACUUCCUCAUAGGAGCCGUGAACCUGCCGGCAGCAGCCCUUGGGAUGCUCUUAGGAGGGAUCAUCAUGAAACGUUUCGCCUUCUCCCUGCGGGCCAUCCCCCGCUUCGCUGUGGUGGUGCUCAUGUUCUCCAUCCUUCUCUGCCUCCCCAUCUUCUUCAUGGGCUGCUCCACAGGGCACAUCGAGGGCAUCUACCCCCCCAGUACACUGAGUUCCCAGCAGCAGGUUAAGGAGCCGAGUGGGUGCCGCUGCUCCAAGCACAUCUUCCACCCGGUGUGCUGGGAGAACAAGGUGGAGUACAUCUCGCCCUGCUUCGCUGGCUGCACCAGCAGCACCAUCAAUUCCUCCAACCCCAGCCAAGUGAUCUACAAGAACUGUUCCCAGAUCCCCCCUGGGAAGGAGCUGUACUCAGGCUCCUGUCCGCUCAGCUGCUCUGACAUGCUCUUACCUGCCAUAUUCCUCAUCUCCUUCGCUGCCCUGGUCGCCUGCCUGUCCCACAACCCCCUCUACAUGAUGGUGUUACGGGUGGUGAACCAGGACGAGAAGUCGUUUGCCAUCGGUGUCCAGUUCUUACUAAUGAGGCUGCUGGCCUGGCUGCCAGCCCCAGCCAUGUUCGGAGCGCUCAUCGACUCGUCCUGCAUCUACUGGCAGCAGCAGUGCACCCAGCGCCGGUUCUGUGCCUACUACAACAACAACUUCCUCCGCAACAGAUACCUGGGGCUGCAGGUGGGCUACAAGGUGGUGGGCACCGUCCUGCUCGCCCUCAUCAGCUGGAAGGUGAAGAGGAGCAAGGAGUACAACGUGCAGGAGAAGGCAGCGGGGCUGGUGUAGCCCAGGGACUGACUCCACACCCCACCAUGCACUGCCAGUUCUUUGUCUCAUUUGGGUUCGUUUUACCUUCUUUCGGGAGCAACUUCACCUCAGCAGCUCCGAGCUCCUCUCCUGCAGCCCAGGGCACCGCCGUGCUCCUGGCGAGGGACACUCCGUGCCAGCCCCGUCCUGGGAACGGCUUCCCCCGGGCUCUCCAGUUGCACUUGCCCAUCACCCUGGGGAGGGGGCAGCCCCCCAGCAGCUGGACCAGGAGGUAGAAAGAGGCUGGAACUCGUGGACCCAGAGAAGUGCCUGCUGUGGGCGAUGGUCCCUGUUCUGGCUUGACGUUUCCAGCCAGGUAGUGCCUUCCUGGCUGGGACAGGAGCAGGGAUGUGGCUGCCAGCCCUGAGGGACUGCCCGGUGUCCCCCCACCCCUCGCAGAGGUCAGCAUGGACACCGCACACGCAUUGUGACAAGUAUAUCACAGGGGGUUUGUUGCAGAACAUUUGCGGUUUGUUGCUCUUUUUAUUUUUUAAAUAAAGGUCACUU